AGACACGGUCGACAUGAGGCUGUUACGGAUACAACUCACUAGCUGUGACCAACGCUCAAAUUUGCUGCCACUAGCUUUGCCACACAAUCCGCGCUCUUCCGUUCGCUGUCACCACCACGACCACCAAGCACAAGCGGGCGUCCUUCGAUCGACGAAGCUUUGGGAAACUAUCAUGGUAGUGUGCCAGUGUCAUUGUUGCAUUCCAUCCGUUUAACUUUGCUUUUCUUCUUCCGCUAGGUAUCCGCAUGUUCCUGAUGGU